AUGUCUCAAGGAUAUAACAAGCUAUCUUCGGCGGAUAGUAACGUAUGUUUUUCACAGUAAUAAAUUUAUUGAGGACCAUGUUAACUAAAAUAUUAUAGGCACAACAAAAUAUCCCAGAUCUUAUUGAUCAAGACGGUACGUAUUAUAAAUUCGAUAGAAGCAUAACUGAUGCACUUUCCUCAUAGACAUCGAGAAGACUAACCGUUUAUCUAGAUUUCACGGAUGAACAAUACGUUCUACCAGAUAAUGACGAGAAUACUGCAAGGACGGCCAAAAGUGCUCCAACACAACCACAGCCAGAGGUUGUUCAACCGCAAAUACCUAUUGA